AUGAUUAAACCCUUGAAUAAGUCAGAAUUUCGCCUGGAUAAGAGGACGAAACAAAUUUUCUUCGGUAUACUGCUUCUCUAUUCGUUAGUUGCAUUCCAUCUUUCCAACAAGAAAUAUGCAAAAUUUAUUACAGCACCAGAGAUUUCCAAUGUUGCGUUGCCAACAACGUCUCAUGUGGAACAACUAAAUCUAAAAGAACUCAGAGUUAAGGACAGAAAAUUGAAGGACUUGAGGGAGCAAUUGGUUAUGGCAUUCCCUUAUGAACCUGAAAAGCCCAUACCAAGACGUAUAUGGCAGACAUGGAAAGUUAAGGAGGACUCAUUAGAUUUCCCAGCUUCUUUUAGAAGUUACCAAAGAGACUGGACAGAAGCCGCUACACUACAAGGAUUUGAGUAUAUGCUAGUGCCCGAUGAUAAUAUUGAAGCAUUUUUGCAAAAUUUAUACGGUGAACUGCCGCUUGUUUUGAAAGCUUUCAAAGAGAUGCCCAAAAACAUUUUAAAAGCAGAUUUUCUCAGGUAUUUGCUGCUUUAUGCAAGAGGUGGUAUUUACUCUGAUAUGGAUACAUUUCCUUUGAAACCAUUGAAUAAAUGGCCAUCUGUGGACAGAGAAAAGUUAAAAACAUUUAAAGAAACUAGGAAACCAGUUCCGUAUAAGGGGUUUAAAAGUGAAGAAGUCGUCGCGCAGAAUGAACGCGAACCAGGUUUAGUCAUUGGUAUUGAAGCAGAUCCUGAUAGAACAGAUUGGAGCGAUUGGUUUGCACGUAGGAUUCAAUUUUGUCAAUGGACGAUUCAGUCGAAGCCAGGACACCCAGUAUUACGUGAAUUGAUCUUGAAUAUCACAGCAACUACGUUGUACAGUGUGUCAAGUGUAAAGAAAACCGCAGAAGAACUCAUUGAUAAGACUCAUAAGAAUGAUUAUAACGUUAAUUAUAGAGAUAAGCGCGCGAGAGAUUCUCAUUACGAUCAUGAUGAGACAAAAACUGAUAAAAAUGUUGAUGGUAGUGAUAUUAUGAACUGGACUGGUCCAGGCAUAUUUUCGGAUAUGGUAAUGCAAUACCUGAACAAUUUGAUUCAAAAUAAUAACGAUGUUCUUCUACUCAAUGGUAAUAUUUACACCCCAACGACAGUGGAUCCCGCUGAAGCUGCUGCACAGGAUGAGAACGGUGUAUCAACCAAGAAAUUUUACAGAAAGAUCAUAGAAUCACUUUUGGUCAAUAGACAUAUACCCUGGGAAUUUUUCACUUUGAUAACGGAACCCAUUACAGUUGACGAUUUGAUGAUAUUACCAAUUACAAGUUUUUCACCAGACGUAGGUCAAAUGAAUGCUAAAGGAAUGGAUGAUGAAAUGGCUUUAGUUAAGCACCAAUUCGAAGGUAGUUGGAAAGGUGAUGCUGGUCAUGAUUAG